AUGUCGCCCGAACAGAUCAAAUCCAACAUUCACCGCUUCCGCAUCCGACGAACAUCCCCAUCUUCCCCAUCCACUCUACGCCGCUCGGCUUCCCCGCCCUCCCUACCCCGUGCGCCUCGGCCGCCGUCUCUAUCAUCAUCGGCAGGGCCAACGCGGGCUCCGGAUAUUGGUGCUACUGAUGUCUCAUCUUCGGAGGCAGCGGCAACAACUAUUGUAGCGACGCCGCUUCAGCCCCCUACAUCGUCCUUACUGCCCAGUCCUACUACCUCUGCCCCGGGACUUCCUCAGGCUAGCGCUCCUCCUAAUGUUGCGAAUGCCUCGGCAUCCAUGGCCUUGGCGGCCUCCGCUUCUUCGCCAAAGGCUGUUCGAGAUAUCCCCGCCUGCGACCGCUGCCGCAGUUUCAAGAAGAAAUGCAGCCGCACGUUUCCAGUCUGCACACUCUGCGCCAAUGCCGGGCACAAAUGCUCCUUUUCAACGCCUGCUGCCUCCGCUGCCGCCCAAGCGCAUCAUCUACGGGCGCGGAUCGAGUGGUUAACGCGCUUCAUCAACGACAGCCUACCGGUGUCAGGUAUUCCCGGGGGCGGCGUUGAGGCAAUUGAUACGGGGGCUGAUCUGGCGUCACUUUUGGGCUCGUCACCCGGCGCUGUUUCUCAAUACCAAGGCCAACCAUUGGACAUCAAUCCGACGACACCAGCAAACGGAGCCACACCAGGAUCGGUCAGUGUUGGGAGUAUCCGUGGAGAAGGACGGGAUACAUAUCUGCCGCAUGGGAAUGCCGGGUCUGUCGUCUUUGAUCAGCGAAGCUUGGCAGUGAACGUCGACUCAGAGUCUCCUUCGUCAAGGGGCAAUGAGCAUAUGCGCGCUCUGCUCCAACCGGCGCCCGAGCCGGGGAGGAUACUCGGCAUUGAAUCCAUCGGAAAAGAAGGCUUCUCAUCCUCCAGUCUGCCGCGAGAUGCCAUAGCUCGUCGCUUUGUGGAUGCGUACUUUCGGAAUGUCAACCGAGCGUAUCCCUUUGUGAAUAGGACCAAGGUUCUGAGAGACCUCGAGAACCUAGGAGAAUCCUCAAAGAGGCAGAGGGACGCGGACACAACGUUGCUAUACCUUAUCAUGGCCAUUGGGUGCACAACGUUGCAACGAGCUGGCCAGAUGCCCAACGAUGCGACGUCCAAGUUUGACGUGGCGUAUGCCGAUAUAAUCCAGGAGUGUCUGGCGCGAGAAGAUCUAGAGUCAAUCCAGAUUCUAGUGCUGGUUGCAUUGUACUCGCUCUUUGACCCCAAUGGUAUCUCCACUUGGUCGAUAGCUGGCAUAGUUUCCCGCCAGGCCAUGCUACUUGGCCUGAGCCGCAGGUCGUCCGAAGAUAGGUCGUUGUCUGCAAUGGAUAUUGAGUUGCGUCACCGUCUGUUCUGGAGUAUUUACGUCCUCGAUCGGAUGAUGGCCAUCUCACUUGGCCUGCCCGUGGCUCUUAUCGAUGAGAAUAUGGACGUCCCAUUACCCGGACUCACUAUUGAGGAGUUUGCUUCCCCAGAUCGACAACAUUUUGCGUCGAUUCUUCAGACAAACCGGCACGUAAUUCAAUUAAGGCAGCUAGAAGACCGGAUCCUCCGCCAAAUACAUACCAGGAAGCAGGCGGAGGUUGCGGCCCUUUCUCCAGCAGACCGCCGAGCUAUCGUUCAGAACAUCAGAUCCGAGAUCGAGAACUGGUACAGCAAUGGCUGCCUUGUCUCCCCAUUGGAGCCGGACAACGUUCCAAUCCAUAAUUCAGUCACCUGGCUGAGCGCACGCUACUACCACCUCCUGUUGCUGCUCCAUUACCCGUGUCACUUCAACUCAUGCGGCUCUAUUGUUUCCGCAGUCGAGCUUCUACGUUUCGCUCAAAAGCACCUCCAAUCAACUUCAGUCCUACUCCAACAGCGCCAGCUGCCUCUCAACCGCGUAACUUUAUGUCGAUUGUUCCCGGUUGGCCUAGUACUUAUCCACAGCUUUAUCGCUUGCGCCGCUGAGUGCACCUCCUUCUCAGCCAGAGACGAGGUUGCUGUCAUCGUUAGCAUUCUUGAGGCCUUCCCGGAGGGUUGGGCUCAGGCGCGCCAAGCUGCUCAUGUCUUUCGUCAGUUCAUGAGUCUCAUAUCCGGCGUGCCGAACAAUGGCUAUACAACCCUUCACUUCCCCAGCAACAACAACAGCAUCUAUGGCAACGGCAACAGCGGCCAACUAAGUUCGUCGAGAGAGUCGUACCAGGCCAUGGUAAGGCCUAUAAUUACGGGACUGGUAGCUUUGAUGCAGGAAGUUCUGGGUAAAUCUACGUGCUAUGCUUUCCAUGAAUGGCCAGAUGAUUGUGGUGGUCAACCGGCGACGGCAGGCUUCAGGGGGCAGACAGCGUUCUCGCCGACUGGCACAACGCGGCACUCUGCCGCCGUGGGCAAUGAAGACGCUUCAAUGGAUUACGGUGGUUGGGGCUCACUAGAGCUUGGGUUCCUUUAG